CGAAAUCCCCGCCUCCGCAGUUGGAUGAACUGGAGAACUGUUACCAUUACUUUUACUUCAACGUUACACAACAGUUUAGGAAGAGUGACGACAUGAUGGCAGCCGAUUCAAACAUGACUCCUGCGAGGUUCUUUGUUUUGCUCUACCUCGUGUCAGUGGCAUUUUCUUCCGCCUCCUCCCAAACGGAAGAGAAAGAAAGCCAAUGUAACCUAGAGGACACCUACAAGCAUGACGGGAGGGACUGUUGUCUGUGUAGUGCAGGUCAAUACUUGGUGGAGCACUGCAUUACGAGUCUACACUUUGGAAAAUGCAAGCACUGUGAUUCUGGGACGUACAACAGUCACCUUAAUUACCAGAUGUCCUGUGAGCCCUGCACAUCCUGCUCACACCCCAAUGAGAAUCUAGAGGAGGAAGAAGCCUGCACCCCUGCCAGGGACGCAAAGUGUCGAUGUAAAAGGGAUCACUAUUGCAGCAGUAACAAAGAAACCUGUAGACUCUGUCACCCUUGUAAAAAAUGUGCUGACGGCAUCAAAGAAGCCUGUACAGCCACCAAUAACACAGUCUGCAAUGACAAAAUUGAAGGGGGAAAUAUAAUAGGGAUACUGGCUGGCACAUUUGCCCUUAUUGUAUUCAUCAUUCUAGCAGGAGUUGCUGUGUAUAUUUGGAGAAGGAGGCAAUUGCGGAUAAGACAAAAUGCCACAGACCAUCAGACAAAUGGCAAUGCAACUGAUGUGGAGAUGCAACUUCUUAGAGUGGAUAUCCAGCCUCACCUGCCUGACAUUGCAGAAGUGAUUGGAUGGAAGGAUAUGCGGGACAUAGCAAUGCGUAGCGGGAUACCAAGCACUACUAUUGAUUCUUGUAGACUGAACUACCCUGGUGAUUGUCAGGAGCAGACACUCCAACUAUUAAGGACCUGGGAAGAGAGUCAGGGCAAGAAGGCCUCAAUGAACUUGAUCCAAAACCUACAAAACAGUGGCAAAAAGGGCAAAGCAGAGAGGGUGAUUAAUAUAUUGUCUCAUGGCAGGUCAAAUCUUCCUGCUUGAAUGUGUCUAUUGUGAGCACUUUUUAAAAUAAUUGCAGUGUUGUCUACUGUAUGAACUAUUUUGAAAGGAAUCCGUUGAGAUGUUACAUGUUAGGAUUGAACUAUAAAUACUGAUUGAUCACUGUUUCCUUCCAGCUUUGGGUGUGAAAGUGUUCAAAAAGAUCAGAUUGGAUUACAUUGCAUGCACUGAAGUACGCCUCUUGUGUUGAUACAAUAAUGUUUUGGGAGAAAGUCUAUGUGUUAUUUGUGAGUUAUUAAUAGCUUGCAAACGCUUGUAUAUAUUGUGCAAUAAACCUCAAUACAUUUAUAAUUA